GUUCACAAUAAAUUUUAACUUCCGAAGAUUCAAAUCUUUUUUUUCUUAAAACGAUGACGAGACGAGAAGCUGAAGCUUGGUCGGAGAUGGAGGCAGUAGCUAGGAAGAUGGUGGAAGAGGUUGAAACAGAGAGCAGCGGAUCAUCGGAAGCUGAGACUGAGUCUCCAAGAUCUGUCGGACGUUGGGGAGCAGCUCCUACGGUCACGGGAAAGACGGGUAAGGAGCGAGUACACAGCCAGGUUUUGAAGAUCAGAGAGGAAGAUCUCUGUGUUCUCGUCGAAGCCAGAGCUGCGAGUCUAGAGAAUCGACGAUACGUUCAUCAUCCACCUCGUCUCGGUCUGUUCCUGAUCUCUAGGCCGAGUCUACCAUGUUCACCUCUUAGUGGGAAAGUGAGAUCCGUUAACGCUGUCCAGUGAUGAUCCUCAUCGAUCAAAGGUUUAUCUCUCUGUUUCUUGAUCGAUCAAUCAAUCAAAACUGUGUGCACGUGAUGAUGAUAUUAACUAUGGUUGAUCGUUU